GUAAUGAAAUUAUAUAUUAAAGCCUGUUGUGUAGAAUCACUCAUAUAUUUAUUAAGUUGCAAAAUUUGAUAAAUAUAAAAGCUCAGUUUCAUAAUUAUGAAAAUUACGAAAUGGGACAUUCGUCAGAAAGUUUGGGAUUACAUUGAGGAGAAUAUUCUGGCCAACUUCCCCAGACCUGUUCACAACAGGAUCCCCAAUUUCAAGGGUGCAAUUCAAGCAUGCGACAGGCUUGCAGACCUGCAGGAGUUCAAGUCCAGCCAUACAGUCAAAGUAAACCCAGACAGACCGCAGCAGCAGGCGCGCUUUAUCACGCUGGAAGCACACAAAACUUUAUUGGUCCCAACUCCUCGUCUUCGUACCGGCCUUUUCAAUAACAUCACUCCUCCCGAGGGGGCCAGCAAAGAACAGCUACGCAUAUGCUCUUCCUCUCAGGGUGUGAGAGACUUCAGUGUGCCUGUUGAGCUGGAUGCGAAGGUGAAGGUAGACCUGGUGGUGGUCGGCUCUGUGGCGGUGUCAGAGAAAGGCUUUCGGAUUGGAAAGGGAGAGGGCUUUGCCGACUUGGAGUAUGGCAUGAUGGCCGCAAUGGGAGCUGUGGAUGAAUCUACUGUGGUGGUUACUAUUGUCCAUGACUGCCAGGUGAUGGAUUUUCCAGAGGAGUUAAUGGAAAGUCAUGACCUGACUGUCGACUACAUCCUCACACCCACCAGAGUUAUUAAGACGAGUUGCCAGCUCCCCAAACCACAGGGAAUCAUCUGGACUAAGCUUGACCCAGAAAAGCUGGAGAAGAUCCCCAUCCUGAAGAAGCUGCGUGCUCUGGAGGAAGAGAAUGGAAAGGACGUUACACUGGGGGUGGCGCCCGUCGGAGCAGAGCCUGGUCUGCAGACUGGGCAACCCAAAAGGCAAACCAGACGGAGGCCAAGGCAGAACAUACAGCAGGAUGAUGAGGGAGAAUCCAGACAGGAGAAAGGAGCGGAUUCAGAAAGGAAAGCUAGACGGCGCCCAGCUAGAGAGAGGAAAGAAAGCAGAGGAGAAGGUGGGGGAGGUGAUGAGAGAGGAAAGGGAAAAAGAGGAGAGAACAUGAAGGAAAAGGGCCCAGAAGAGGGUGGAAGUGAAGUCAUGUCUCAGCGUAAGCUCCCUCUGAGCGUGACCACAGUUUACCUGGGGGGGAUCCCUGCUGGGCUGCGUGUCAGUGAGCUGAAAACUGCCCUCAGAGAGAGAGAGGCCGCCCCACUGAGGCUCACCUGGCAGGGAGCUCAACACAGGGCCUUCCUGGACUACAGCGACCCUGAGGCUGCCGAUCUGGCUCUGGAGGCUCUGCAGGAUCUCAGUCUGAAUGGUCACAGUCUGCAGGCUGAGCUGGCCAAGAGCCAGCGGGGAGGCAAGAGGUCCGGCCAGUCCAACCGGAGACCGAGACCAUCAACGGCUCCGAAAUCUAAACCACCACCAGAUACCGAGAGUGACACCAAUGAAAAUACUGAGCAGUAAUAGCAAUAAGCAAAACUCAGCCCAAGAAGUAUUAAUUGUGGAGCAACCUUAAACGCCUUAAGAAGAAUUUUGUUUGUUUUUUGAUAUAUUUGGAUUUGUGACAAGAGGACAUCAGUAUUUGAACCAUAGACCUCUAAAUUGACUGCUGAGGCUAAUGAGCUUAACAAAAUUAUUAAUAGUAUAUGCAGUUGAAUCAAAAAGCAUUUCACUAGAAAGGUAUUUUGUACCAUUUCACAAUACUUAAUAAUCCUACACCUAUGUGCCUUGUUUAUUCACACAUACCUCCUGGUCCAUGUGUCCCGAGAGGCUUCAGUCCUUGAAGGUGCUUUUUUGAGUAGUUUUUAGAGAUAAACUGUAUCUACGGUCUAUUUGUUAUAGUACAAGUGUAGAGUAAAGUGUUGUGAAGUGUUCGGUACAUUUUAUUUCCACAACCAGUUAUCAGUUGUCGCCUCCAAGGGGGUUUUGUUUUCAGACCUGUUCGUCUGCUUGUUGAUCUCAAAACCGUUUAGCUAAGGCCAUGGGCCGAAGAAUAACUGGUUAGUUUUUGUUGCAGAUAGCGCCGCCAUGUGGUUAUUUACACAAUUUAUACAGUCCUGAUGAUUCCUGACCCAAGAAGCGUACUAGUAAAAUAAAAAAUCCCUGGUCUGACAUAUAUACAUAUCCAUAUAGGCCACACCGAUGUUUGACUACACAUUUUUCACAAUUUUGAAUUUUUCGCAAAACACAUUUUUCACCACUCCUUCAAAUUCCAUCCAAUCUUCACUAAAUCUUUAAUAUUUGAAUUACCUAAAAUUGCAUUAUUCUUUUCCUAUUCCACUGCCAAAUUUUGAAAUGGCAUUUUACAUAAAUUGCCAUGAAUCUUGAGAAUAUUGUGCAGUUGCAACCAAAUUUAGAAGACAUGAACAUAUUAGCAAAUUAUGUAUGUCAUUUCCGUUACAGACAACAGAAACAUUGUGUUUAAAUUGCCUAUAAUUUAGUCGCGAUGGUUCUGACUAAGUUGAAAUAAUUCAUCCUUGCACAUAACCCUGGAUUUUCUCAACAUGAUUGUCCUUCAGUGUAUUUAGACUUGGAUCUGGAUGCAGAUUAUAAAGAUCUAAACGUAUUUUAUUUAAAAAUAACAUUUAGAGGUUUGUGUAGCCUUGUUGGAGUUAUGCUUUUUGAUUUCUACUUGCUUAGUUUUUUCAUAAUAUUUUGGAAAUAGACAUUGUACUUUUAAACAGUGAUAUUUGUACCUUCUGUUGAUAGAAAUGACAUAUUCAUGGCAUCCUGUUUAGUUAAGCCAGUUUGAGUAUGAAGCCAGCCUCGCUGCCCAUUUAACGGUGAUGAGAUGUUACCAUGUCUGGCUGUUAUAUGUUUUAGUGUUAAUGCAUCUGUUUGUAAAACAUUAUAAUAUUCUCUACUAAAGCGUUUGACUGUA